CUAAACACAAAUCAUUAUCAAGUUAAUUAGCAUUUCCUUUGCAUAAACCUCUUCAUAACCAUGAAAAGCCUUUUAAGUUUUCUUCUACUCAUAGCAAUUUCUCUGCUAUCAUUCUCAAAACCUUCCCUCACAAUCUUUGUGAGUAUCAAUUGUGGAUCCUCCAAAUCAUUCACUGAUAAAAACAAUAUAAGAUGGAGUGGUGAUGAUGAUUACAUUCAAAAUGGUGUGUCUCAAGAGGUAAUUUCAUCAAGUUCUAACCCAUUAAGCACUCUAAGAUAUUUCCCAACUAGAAAGAAAAAUUGCUAUUCCAUCAAAGUUCCAAAAGGUGAAAAAAUUCUUGCUAGGGCAAGCUUUUAUUAUGGAAAUUAUGAUAAUAAAUUAUCUCCACCAGUGUUUGAUCUUCAAUUUGAUGGUAACUAUUGGGCCACUGUUAAUACCACAAAUUAUUAUUAUGUUGAUUAUGAAGCAAUAUAUGUAACCAAAGGGAAUUUCACUAGCAUAUGUGUUGCUCAAACAAAACCUACUCAAUUUCCUUUUAUAUCAUCACUUGAAAUAAGAAGCUUGGAUCCUACAAUGUAUAGUCAUUUUGAUACCAAUCAUGCUUUGAUUUUGCAAUGGAGAUAUGCUUUUGGUGGAAAUGAAACUAUCAGGUAUCCGGACGACAUUUACGAUCGAAUAUGGACACCGGCAUACGGUAUCCUACUUUCCGAAGUAAAAAGCGAGGAAUCAACCUUUGACAUCAGUACAGCAGAAGAUCGUCCACCAGAAGCUGCAUUAAAAAAUGCUAUUGUUUCAUCAAGCACAAAUGAAUACAUGCAAUUUAUCAAUAGGCUUCCAGCAGAGGAAAAUGAUGUUUAUAUAAAUGCUUAUUUCUCAGAAAUAAUGGAAAGUGCUUUUGGAAAAAGAUCAAUUCAGAUGUAUAUAGAUGAUAAGCCAUUUUUAAGUGCUAUUGUUCCUCCUCUUGGAAGUGUGAAAGAAGUGUAUAUAACCAAUAUUACAGCUUCAGCAAAUACUACAUUUGUUCUCCAAGCUUCAGAGUCUUCUACUCUUCCUCCUAUACUUAAUGCUCUUGAAGUUUUUACAAUAAGUGAUGCAUUCAAUGCAGGAACUGAUAGCAGAGAUGUGGAAGGUUUGUUACAACUUAAGUUGGCAUUUGAAGUGCUUGUGGAUUGGAGUGGAGACCCUUGUCUACCCUAUCCUUAUAGUUGGGAUUGGAUACAAUGUACCACUGAUGCCAAACCUCGUGUAACAGCAUUGUAUCUUAGUGGUUAUGAGUUGCAAGGCACUCUUCCAGAUUUCAGUUCCAUGACUGCACUUGAAACAAUUGAUUUGCAAAACAAUACUAUUGAAGGACCUAUUCCUAAUUUCCUAGGCCUUUUGCCUAAUCUCAAGACAUUGAACUUGUCUUACAAUAGGUUCAAUGGUUCUAUACCUGCAUCUUUGGUGAAUAAGAAAAUUGAAAUUGACACAACAAAUAAUUGUUUAUCGGGAACGAAGUGUCAACCUCUUAAGGCAUUGUCACCAAGUAAGCAAACAUCAUCACCACCACCACCUCAACUUAUUUUAGGUGAUGAACCAGAUAUAAUUGGUUCACCACCACCACCACCUCGACUUAUUCUAGGUGAUGAACCAAAUAUAAUUGGUUCGCCGCCGCCACCACCCCAACUUAUUUUAGGAGAUGAUCCAAAUAUAAUUGAUUCACCACCUUUGCCAGAAUUUCGUUCAGGGGAUGCAUCAGUGGGAAAUGGAAGCUUGAAGAACAACAAACUAAACAUAUUAUUCAUACUAGCUGCACAAACUUUGCUACCAAUGAUUUUCACAAAGUUUAUAUGAAACGGAUUUUUUGUUUUUUCAUAUAUGUUUUUUGCAUGAUUAUGAAUAUUAUCAAGCAAGUCAUGUAUUGUGUGACUCUUCUAAAGAUUUAAAGCUGUUUUCAAUUAAUUUCCUUAUGUAAUUUUUUACACAUACACGUGUGUGUUGGAAUGAUAAUGUGAGGUUGCAAGUAUUUUGUAUGCCAUAAGCUAUAUGUUAAUGUUAAAGAAUGCCCUGCUUUGAUAAA